AUGAAAUCAUUACCUGAUUUACCAUAAUAAUUGAUAAAAAACAAAAAAUAAAUUCAAAUUUAUACUACUAAAAAGAAAUAAAUUAAAUUUGAAGUUUUAGAAGCAUUUUAUAAUGAUUUUAAAAAUUUCGCAUCGAAUUAUGUUUUGAAAGACUAAAUGGAAUUAAAAGACUUAGUUUACUUAGGAUAUAAUCAAAAAUAUUAUUUCAACUCAAUAAGAUAAAUAAAUAAAAUUUUGAUAUAAAGUUAUAGAGCAGAAGUAAAUUAAAAUAAUGGAAAUUGCCCCUCUUUAGUUAAUAUACAAUAUUUCAAAUUGAGCGAUUUAUUAAUCGAUCUUGAUAACUUUUUGCUGUUAAAAGCUCUAACUGUAAUACUUUUUAAAUCAAGUAAUAUAAAAUGCUUAAGUUAUCCAUUGAAUAUGCUAUAAUAUCUUUCUUCCUAAAAGCCAAAUUUAGAAUAGCUUUAACUAAUAUUCAGUGGAUUCACUGAGAAUAUCAUAGAUACUAAAUUCUGUGAAGAACUAUAAAAAUGUUAAUAGUUAAAGUCUAUUGAAAUUGAAUUUUGUGAAACAAACAUUUAAGUUUAGAAAGCUUACUUAAUUUCAAAAUCAAUAUAAAACUUGCCAAAUUUAUCAAAAAUAUCUAUAAAAAUGCCUCUUAAUAAAAUGUAAUAAGGAGACCGACUUGUUUCUAUCAUAAAAUAAGACACGCAAAAUAACUAGCUAAAAUAGCUUAAACUUGGAUAAUAUGCGAAAAAGUAGGGAUUAGAAACUUUUAAUUAUGAUCUUGAGAUCAUAUCAAACGCUCCUAACUUGGAAGAGCUAGAAAUUUCUAGUUAUCAUGUUAAACUUGAUGAAAAUUAUUUGAAGAAAAUAAUUAAAAAUUCUUAACAGAAACUUUAAAAGCUCAGAAAAUUAGAUUUUACAUUCAAGUAUUCUGAAUUUGAUUAAUAAUUGUAAAUUAUUAAAGAUGAAGCAAAAAAAUUUAAAAGCUUAGAAGUAUUAACUACUGCAGGAUUUUUUGAUGAUGAAACUACCUAUUUUCUAUUUGAAUAUGAUAAGUUUGGAGUUAUUUAAAAGAUGCUUUUAAAUUUUUAGUAUUGGAGAAACUAUGGGCCUUAUGUAUCAAAUCCUAAACAUGUAAUUUAGGAAAAUAUAAAAAGAUAAUAACUACUAGAAAAAGAAAUCUAGUUUAGUGAAAAUAAUUUUAGGUUAGCUUCACUUAGAAUGUAAAAUUUAACUUUUUACUAAUAUAAAAUUAAUUUUAAUGAAUUUAGUUAUGAGGGAACAUUUGAAAAAUAAUAAUUGAUCAAAAUGAUGUCAAGUAUUAAUCAGAAAAUUAGAAAAAUUUAUUUUAUACAGCUCAGCUAUGUUAAUAUUUUUUAAGGAACAGAUGAGGAGGAAUAACAUUUUAGAGAAUCAAAAAUCUAUUAUUACAUAAUAAGGAAAUACUUAUAUGCUGUUAAAUUUUCAGAUUAUUGA